UGCAGCCCCUGGCGCAAAUGGGCAUUACCCUGCUGCCCCAGACUACAGCUGUUGCCUUUGCUACUGGUGUCGUAGUUGCUGCUGCUGCCGCCCCACCUAACACAACCACCAUGCAGGUGCUGCCUACUAUGUCUAGCAACCCAAUGCCUGUGCCUGCUGCCACUGCAGCCGUUGCCACUCCUCAUCCUCAAGCUGUCCCAGCUGUGCUGAAGGUGACAGGCCCAUGCGAGGCAGACAGAGUUCAGAAAGAAAAGAAAUCCUAUUAA